GGUCUCGUCGGCGGGAGCCUCUACGCGGCGGCGCUGCCGGCGAGCCCGACGCACGCCUGGAGGGGCGGCUACAGUACCAGCAUCCGCUUCGCGCACGAGACGGGGGACCCUCGUCGGCUGAGGCAGCGGCAGCUGCGGCGGCUGGGCGCGCUGCUGCUGGGCGCCUGCGUGCUCGUGUCGGCUGCCGUGCUGGCCGUGUGCGGUCGCUGGUCGGCGAGCGCUCCGCCGAGGCACGCCGGGAGGAGGCGCGCGGCGACGGUGGCGCUGGCCGCGGAGGAGGGCGACGCCUACGACUUCCGGAGCACCGACGCUGCCCAGGACGCGGAGAGCAGAUGGCUGAGGGACCUGCAGCACCCCAGCGGCGGCGACGCCGCGCUCGGCGGCCCCCGCGGGAAUCGCAGCGGUCACGAGGGCGCGGGAGGCGGAGGCGGCGGCAGCCGCACCUUCGCGGAGGCCGCCUCGGAGUCGGCGCAGGACAACGCCACGCCCCCCCUGCACGCGGACGGCGAGGCCGCCUCUGGCGGCGAGGCACAGGACGGCGCCAGGACCACAACCAGCCGGUCAUCGACGACAACGUCCUUGAUGACCUGUGGCGUUCUCUACGACAACGUGGACUUCGAAGGCACCGAGCUGCAGUCCUACGAGAGGAUCCCCGGCGCGGAGGCGACGGAGCUGCGACAGCCUCGGUCGAUCUUGCCGGACUUCCACGACACCAGGCUCACGUCGGUCUCGUCACCCUUCAGGAUCUUCAGCGGGGCCAUACCUGCAAUCAGGCCCUUGGUGGACUUCCCGUCGGGCCGGUUCGACUCGGGUGAUUCGGACCACUCAAUCGGCACCAGCACCUGGGCCUGUGAGAGGCUGUGGAUCACCACCGGCAGGUCAGCGCAUUAUCGCACCUGGUCGACCAGCCUAUUCGUCUCGUUGAUAGUCUGCACCGUUGACGAGGGGAUUAUGCUCAAGAGCAGGAUUGCUCUGAUCUGA